AUGUCCUCGAGUUCACCACAGAGCAUCAUCGACCAGAAGCCGUACUCCCACCAGUCCCCCUCUUCCAAUCGUCGCCAAUCAAAAAUCACUGUGGAAUACCACAGGCCAUCCAGGGAGUCAGUACAAGAGUACCAGGACCUCCUCUCCAACGCCAACAUCCACGCUGCCGCCGCAGCAAAGUACAAGGACCCGUUUGUUCCCUCCAGACCUCCCCCUCCCCCUCCCGCCCCCUCCCCUCAUCAGAAACUCAAAGCCGAACCUUCCUCUCUUCCUCACAAGGUUCGCAACUCUCUGCAGAAACCCCGUCACCGGAAGCACAGUCUGCCCUCCCCUCCUCUCGCUGCUAUCCAAUCCGAACGUGAUCCCUUCGCGUCCCCCACAUCUUCUAUCCCCGCAUACUCCCUACCUCCUCACGCGGAAACUGCUGACAUGGCGUCUGGAACCGUGCCUCCCCCUCGGCCUUCGCGCGCCAAUACCGCCACCUUGAACGAUCUCUACCACGAUCCUAACGCCCUCGCUUCCCGUCGUCUUUCCACCCCU